AUGGAAAACAGCAGCAGCCAGGGAGGCAAGCCCACCAACAUCUCCCUGGCAAGCAGCGAUGCCAUCUUUGACGUGCUGGAAUAUAAGGCUCUCUCUGUCUUCCUGGUGCUCGGCGUUUGCGGAGUCGGCAUUGUUGGCAACGCCAUGGUGGUGCUGGUGGUCACUACCACCCGAGACAUGAGGACUCCAACCAACUGCUAUUUGGUUAGCCUGGCCGUAGCUGAUUUGAUGGUUCUGGUCGCUGCUGGGUUGCCCAAUGUCACCGAAAGCCUGAUGGGAACAUGGAUCUAUGGGUACAUCGGCUGCCUGAGCAUUACCUACUUCCAGUACCUGGGCAUCAACGUGUCAUCCUGCUCCAUCACUGCCUUCACCGUGGAGAGGUACAUUGCUAUCUGCCACCCGAUGAAAGCCCAGACCAUGUGCACAGUGUCACGUGCCAAGCGCAUCAUUGCUUUCCUCUGGAGCCUCACCUCAGUCUAUUGCCUGCUCUGGUUCUUCUUGGUGGACAUCAACGUUGGCAAGAGCCGGCAGGUGGAGUGUGGCUACAAAGUCUCCCGCAACCUCUACUUGCCCAUCUACCUUCUGGACUUCGCCCUCUUCUUCGUCACCCCUUUGUGCCUGGCGAUGGUGCUCUAUGGCCUCAUCGGCAGGGUCCUCUUCCGCAGUCCGGUCCCACGCCAACCGGCUGCCCUCGCCAAACACUGCAGAGACUCGAACGGCAAGGAGAGGAAUGGCAGUUCUGGAACCAGCGGGCCAGUCUCCUCCAGAAAGCAGGUCACCAAGAUGCUGGCUGUGGUGGUGGUCCUCUUUGCCUUGCUCUGGAUGCCCUACCGGACACUGGUGCUGGUCAACUCCUUCAUGGAGCGCCCCUACCUAGACCGCUGGUUCGUCCUCUUCUGCAGGGUCUGUGUCUACGCAAACAGCGCCGUCAACCCCGUCAUCUACAACCUCAUGUCCCGGAAGUUCUGCCUUGCCUUCAAGAACCUCUGCAAGUGUCGGGGGACGGAGAUGCCCCAGCGAAGCUUCUAUGCAGCCUCCAGCGGCUACAGCAUGAGGAGGCAACCCAUCCUUCAGCACCAAAGAAAGGAGACAGAGGCCUCCUCAGAGUCAGCUGGAGAGAAGGCCCCAGCUGCCUUGGAGCCAGGGAGGACAUCUUCCCAAGAGAAAGAGAAAGAAUUAUACUUCAGCGUGGUUUGA